UGAUCGGUAUUAACAAUCUGCCGGAUGUGUGUCGCAAAUUUCAUAGCAUGGGGCAGCUCGAUGGACUUUUGAGAUUAGUGCUUUGGCGAGUCGAUUUUUAAACCUAAUGAAUUUAUAAUGGCUCUUGUUCCAUACGUGGAUAACUAUGUGCCCGUGCUCUCCAAAUUACAUAAUUCGUCAGCGGAGUUCCAUUUUGCCAAUCACCACGUCACCCUUACUCAGAAUUGGAACAAACUGGGAGUAGCAGCCGUCGUUUGGGAUGCGGCUGUUGUACUGUGCAUGUACCUGGAGUUGGGGAAGGUGGACUUGAAGGGGAAGAUUGCAAUUGAGCUUGGCGCAGGAACCGGACUGGUGGGCAUCGUUGCAGCCUUGCUAGGUGCCAGAGUGACCAUCACUGACCGGGAGCCUGCCUUGGAGUUCCUGGCUGCGAAUGUGAAGGCCAACAUACCUUCAGAGCAGGCAGCAGCAGUGCAGGUCUCAGAGCUGACCUGGGGUGAGUGUCUGGAACGUUAUCAAGCAGGCGGCUUUGAUAUAGUUCUGGGAGCAGACAUUGUAUACCUGGAGGACACCUUUGUGAGCUUACUGCAGACCAUGGAGCACCUCUGCUCAGCGAACACUGUGAUACUGUUGUCCUGUAAGAUUCGCUAUGAAAGAGACACUAAGUUCCUGGACAUGCUGAGGCAGAAGUUCAUGGUUGAGGAGGUCCACUAUGAGAGUCAGAGGGACAUUCACAUCUACAAGGCUGUUAAGAUUCCAUCCCAGAGGGAUCUAUAAGAACUUUGGAAGUCUUGGGGUUCCUUUCCUCAACAGUGGAUGUGUUCUUUAACCAACCUAUCACAGAUAACCAAUUUCACUCACAGCAGUUGAUGGUGUGUAGCCUUGCUGUACCUGUGGUCAUUAUGAUAUGUAAACUGCAAGUUGACUGUGUAUGCUUACAAUGAAGUUACUAGCUGUAGCAGAAUCGGUCACAUCAAUUACUAUUCUGUGGGGAAGUAAAUAAAGCAUCAGAUUUUUCUAUUCAA